GUUUGGAUCAGUAGCAGUUUAGAAACAUGCAUAAUGACAGCUGUACACACUUAGAGUAAACCCUUCCUUGAAAAUAAUAAUAUUGAUGAAAUCUAUUCAAAUUUUAAAAUACUGUUCUUGUCAUCAAAUUACAAAAUUUAUUUUAAUUAUUUGAAAUGUGUAGGUUUGAUACAAGUAUUUGUGGAUGCUCUUUGCAGACUGGAUCUUCAAUAGUUUGUGUAUAUCACGCACUACUUUCAUUGAAUCUUGUCGUUGGUUCUGCUGUUUUACUGCAAAAUGGAUCUGUUUCAGACUAUAGACUCAAAAACGAGUCUGAGAGUGCAUUAAGAAUUGUUUUGGGGUUGGGCCUUUUCACGUUCUUUCUUUUGCUCAUACUUUUGGUUGGUCUAAUCAAGAGAAACCGGUUGGCUGUUUUUGUUUUCCUGUUUUACCUGUCUAUAUGGAUAUCCUUUGUUGUAUUUGGAAUUAUACUUUCUAUCAUAACAGGAAAUAAUACAAAUUUAAUUUAUGUAAUCCAUACUGUGUUGGAUAUAUAUUGCUGGAUGGUCCUUUAUAAUUAUUGGAUGGAGCUGAAAGAAGAAGAAGAGUAUUGAAAAAGGGGUUCGAACAGCAACGCACAUUUACAUAAUUGAACUCAUAAUAUUAGAAUCAACAAAAAUAUCUUUGAACAAAGAUUGUGUCUUUUAAUUGUGUCAAAAAAGGUUCGAAUUGUUGGCUACCCAUUAAAAUGUAUCACCCAUUUUUGAACAUUUUGAAUAAAGCAAUAUCUCUGUGUGAUAACUCUGUGAGUUAUUUAUAAGUUGGUGAGUAGCACCUCAUUCUAAUGUGUGUGAGAGAUCAUUUUGAGCUUCAAUAAAGAAAAAUCAAAUUUGGAUUGGAAAAUAAUCAUGUACAAAGUAACUUCUAUUUUCUGAAUGUAAAUGUGAAUAGCAAACAAUUUAUGGAAUUUUAAUUAGUUUUGU